AUGGAGAACCAGAGCGUGUCUAACUUCAUCCUGAUGGGCUUUUCUGUCGGACGUCCAGCAGAGAUCCUUCUGGCCCUUCUCUUCCUGGCUAUGUACAUUGUAUCUUUGGCGGGCAAUAUGAUCGUCCUCUUCAUCGUAUUGGCAGACAGUCGGCUCCACAGCCCCAUGUACUUUUUCCUUAGCAACUUAUCUGUCCUGGACAUCCUCUUCACUUCUGUCAUCAGCCCCCAAUUGCUCUGGAACCUCUUUUCCAACGACAAAUCCAUCUCCUUUUCUGGUUGCAUGACCCAAUCCUAUUUCUACUUCUUCCUGGGCACAGUGGAGUUCCUGCUUCUGACGUCUAUGUCCUACGAUCGCUAUGCCGCCGUUUGCAGGCCUCUCCAGUAUCAUGCCAUCAUCAAUGACCGUGUGUGCGUUCAGAUGCUGUUGGGUAGCUGGUUGGGUGGGUUCUUCUCUGUCCUGUGUCCUACCAUCAUGAUCACCAGAUUGUCCUACUGCAAGUCCAACGUCAUCAACCAUUUCUUUUGCGACAGUGGCCCCCUGUUGGAUCUAUCCUGCUCGGACACCCGUUUCAUAGAGCUGAUGGACUUUCUGUUGUCCUCUCUGGUUGUCCUCUGCUCACUCGUCUUGACGUUGAUUUCCUACACGUAUAUCAUCUUAGCGAUAAUGCGCAUCUCUACCACCACCGGCCGGUCAAAAGCCUUCAACACCUGUGCUGCCCACCUGACCAUCAUCUUCAUAUCCUGCAGCAUCACCAUCUUCAUCUACGUCACGCCGUCCCAGAAGGAGACGUUAGAGGUCCACAAAGUGCCAGCUGUUCUUUCCACCAUUGUCUGCCCCUUUUUGAAUCCUUUCAUCUUCACCUUGAAAAAUGACAACGUGAAG